AUGGGACGGAGUGCGACAGAGAGGCGGCCGCGGCGGCCCAGAGCCGGGCCUCCCUCGCGGGGCAGCCAGGGAAAGGGGCCCUCCCGGCCGCAGCCUCCCCCACCUGGAGAGGCAGCUCCAACUUUCCUCCCAGCGCUCGACACCGCCCGGGCCGCGCGAGAUUCCGAAACUUUGUCAGUUCUCGCGUCGCUCCAGGCCAGCUCCAGCGCUCUGCGCCGGCCUCUAACCCUGGCCUCGCCCCGACAGCUGCCCAAGCCCAUCCACCCCGCGGGUCGGCCCGUGUUUACCUCAGGCCGAAGUCGAGGCGCUCGGUCCGGCGGCGGCCCCACAUCGGCGCGCUACGGUGACGACGGCGGCGGCCAGACUCGCAGCACUCUGCCUACUCGCGCACUCUGGCCCUGCGUGCACGUCCGCAGCACCCAGCCAGACCGCAGGGGGGCGCUGGCAAACUGCUGUUUGCGACCGAGGAGUGUGGUGGGUGGAGUCACGUCACGAGGCCUGAGAGCGGGAGGAAGGGCAGCUGCGAUGGAAGCGCCUUCUGGGAAACGUCCUUCCCGCCCCGCCCUCCGCCCACACCGCAGAGGGUGCGCAUGCGCCGCGCGUGGACUUUGGCUUCAGAGUUCCUUUGGCGGCUUUACGGGCUGCGUCGCGGAGGACAAUGAAAGAGGCUUUAAAGGGACUGGACAGGAAGGAUUUUGCGUGGGGUGUGCUCUUCUAUCUUUAUGGAAGAGGGGAUACAGACACAGAUGUGUGCACACAGAAGGAAGACCAUAUAAAAACAGAGACAAGACAACCAUCUACACGUUAAGUAGAGAGUCCUCAGAAGGAGCAGUCCUGCCAACAUCUUGAUCUUGGACUUCGAGCCUCCAGAACUGUGAGAAAGUAAAUUUCUGUUUGUUGAACCCUACCAGUCUAUGUUUUUUUUGUUUUG